AAUGGGAGUCAUGCCAAGUUUCCGGAGGAGGAGACCUACACCUCAAGAGAGACAAGAAGAAUAAGGAACUCUGCCAGGAAAGUCAAUGUGUCUCGUGUCUUCUUGUAAAGUACACUCUCUUUCUCAUCCUUUAUUUUUUUUUCCUCCGCGCUAAGCACACACAUCGUUCUCCAACCAUCAACAGCCAAUCAGGACACGCAGCUAAAUAGACAAGCAUCUUUUCCAGGCAAGCACUGGAUGGGGAGGGAACCUGUAAAAAAAAGAAGAAGAAAAAGUCCAAACUUUCCGGAGAACUAGCCCCUCAAAAAAAAUAAAAUUUGUGUGUGUGUGUGUGUGUAAAAAAGCCGGUGGAUCUUCCGAGAAAGAGUUCAGUGUCGUUCGGGAUCCUCGAUGAAGAUCAUCAUGGACAGCGCUCUACGUUUCGGUGUCAAAAAGAUGGACAGUGGCAAACAGCGAUUGUUGCGGACGCCAAAAUGUGCCCGUUGUCGCAAUCACGGCGUCGUCUCUUGUCUCAAAGGCCACAAGAAACUCUGCCGAUGGAAAGAGUGCCAGUGUACGAAUUGCUUGUUGGUCGUCGAGCGGCAAAGAGUCAUGGCUGCCCAGGUGGCUCUCAGAAGGCAGCAGAAUUCCGAGUCGGCGAAAAGCGAUGGCCAAGUGAAACCGAAUCAGAGCAAAGUGACCAAAAGCGCUGAGGCUAUCCUGGCGCAAAAGAAACUCUAUCAGAAGCAUUUGAGGACCCUGCAACAGAGUUCGCUGGCCAGGGAUGUCUUGCAAAAUUAUCGGCAGUGGGUUCAACGCAGCCAUAAUGGAUCUGCAAUCUCACCCGAUGGCAGCGACCAGCAGGCCAAUAUGGAUAAAGGUCUGGCCGUUCCUCCUACUCCGCUAAGUGAACGGAUGCGUAAGAGGAGAGCUUUCGCCGAUCGUGAUCUGGACGCCGUCAUGUUCCAGCGUGAGCAACAGGCCGCCGUUGAACUUCAUCGCGUGAGCGGCAAUAGCCCAGGUGGCGAUACGACUCCACCACCUUCGUCUGGCCAGCUCCAUCCAACGUGCUGGAACGCUCUGCAUCCAAUACGAUUUCACGUCCUACCUUCGCAUCAGCAUCACUUGAUCCAGCAGACGUGUGCGUUGCCUUUUACCGUCAAAACUGAAGCCAAUCCAUUAUUGGAUUCGGACGAUUCGGAUAUCGAAGUGGACGUUACCUCGACUCCUUCCAGUCCACCUUCACCUCGACUGCCUUGCAGUGACAUCAGUGUCAAUGCCAAUAAAAGUAAGAUAUCCUUUUCGGUCGAGUCGAUCAUCGGCCGGCCUUAGACAUCGAGAAGCAGCAACUCGAUUUUUGCAUCCG